AUGACAACUCGAUCACCAACUCCCAACAUCAGCGCCUCGCAAGAACGUGAGGUUAACAAAUAUCUACCAUCAUACUUAUUGCAAGGCCCAAACAGCCAUUACAUCUCCAACGACGCCCAGUCAAAAGAUGUCGUACCGCGAUCGUGUCCAGAUCCAGUGCUUACAGCCUUUGCCCAAAUGGGCGCUCUGAAACUAAACGCACAGCGAGCAAUGAUCUCUCUCUUUGGCCGGGACAAUCAAUACGUCCUAGUCGAAGCCACGCGAACACUCAGUCUGCAGGACGAUGCCAACCACGACCCAGGGGAUGAUGCGCUGUGGGUAGGAUGCUGCCAGUUAGACUACGAGCGGAGCUUUUGCAAGUACGUUUUCGACCUGUUUACUUCCGGCGAUUGGCCGGGGAAGAUUGUCGUGAUGGUACCGAAUCUCAAACAGGAUGCUCGCUUUGCUCGGUCUUGUGAUAUCCAGAGGUUUCCCUAUGCGCGCUUUUUCACGUCGGUUCCGAUUAUAUCCCCAAAGGGGGUUGUUAUUGGGGCGUAUACCGUUCUGGAUGGGAAACCUCGGACGGCGCUGGGGCCUAAACUCGCCAAGUUCCUUGGAGACAUGUCAAAAACGGUGAUGGAUUAUUUACAAACGACACGAUUAAAAUCUCAGCAUCACCGGACCGAACGUAUGAUGGUAGGGAUCGGGAGCUUCCUUGAAAGGAAAAGCAGUCUACACAACUCCUGGUUGGAAUCCCGGCGGAAAGGACGAACAGCGUCCGAAGACCAAGACGCGAUGGAAGGGCAAACCAACCUAGCACAGCAGACGAAGCAGAUGGAAGAUGAGGAAGCGCAAGCAGCCAAAGCUACCAAAGAGAAACCUGCCACUCACUAUCUGCGGCCGUCGAUCAAACCCGAAAUGGAAGCUGCAUCAGAUGGGGGCAGUACUACUGAUUCUCUCUCCGGACAGGUAGCAGAUGCUUUUUAUCGUGCGGCCAACAUCGCUCGCGAAGCUAUCGAAGUGGAAGGAGUCGCCUAUUUCGACGCCAAUUUCGGAUCUUACGGUUCGUCGGUUGGUCUUUCACGAUCUGAUUCGGAAUUCAGCGGGCCAGAAAGUUCUACUCUAGGCGACACUGCUCCAAGAAAAAAUUUGCACGAUUCAGAUAAAUGGACGAAACUAUCUGAUAUACUCGCUUUUUCGACAAGCAUGUCAUCCAGCGUCAACCGCGAAUCUGUCGACGAUAGAGCUCUGGCAAUAUCAGAGACUCUCUUAAAGGGUCUUCUACACCGGUACCCGCGAGGCAAGGUCUUCAACUUCUCAGAAGACGGCAUGUCUUCUUCGAGCGACUAUACCGAUGGUGCAUUCCAUGUUUUCUCGAACAAUAGCAGCAGCAACACCAGUGCGCAGGGCGUGAAGCGGACGAGAAAAUACAAGCAAACCCGGCAGAGAGUGCGGCAAAACGACGCAAAAGCAUUGUUGGAAUUAGCCCCCGGCGCCCGAAGUAUUAUAUUCAUGCCGUUAUGGGAUUCGCACAAGAAACGCUGGUACUCGGGCUGUAUUGCCUGGACGCUGAUCCCACAACGCAUUUUCAGUUUAGACGACGAGCUGACCUUCCUUUUCGGUCUUGGAAAUAGUGUCAUGGCAGAAGUUCAUCGGCUGGGAGCAGAAUAUGCCAAGCACGCCAAAUCGGAUCUGCUCUCCAGUCUCAGUCAUGAGCUAAGGUCUCCGUUGCACGGGGUGUUUGGCACUGUCGAGCUGUUGAGUGAUACUACGUUAUCUGUUUCCCAGUAUUCGAUGGUACAUGCGAUCAAUUCCUGUGCUAGCACAUUGCUCGAUACGAUUGACCACCUUCUCGAUUAUGUCCGUAUUAACCGACUCCAGCAACCAACCCGAGACUCUAUAUCAGGUCAUAUUGGCCGUGAUUUAUCGUCCGCUGGCCAAUCGAAGAUCACAACUACCGCGAGUCAUCCAGUGGCAAAAGAUGUCUCGGACGCCUUCGCCGCGAUACAACUGGACUCCAUCCUAGAGCAGGUUGUAGAAAGCGUCCUUGCAGGCUAUGCAUUUCUACAGGGCCCAAGUAGCCCUUAUCGAAAACCAUCCACGCCAAUGGGUAUCUCCCCGAAAAGCCGUGUGCAGGCCGACUAUUCUGCGGGGAAAGUGAAAGUGAUACUGGUCCUCGAAAACGCUAGCAGUUGGAGGUUCCUAACCGACGCAGGCAAGUGGCGCCUUAUCGUGCUGAACAUUCUCGGAAACGCCCUCAAGUUCACGUCAACUGGAUACGUCUGUGUUACUUUAGACGCUUGUCCUUCGAUCGAUGACCAAAAUGACCCCGACAAGCCGGAAGAAUCCCAGGUAACUCUCACCGUGGAGGAUACCGGAGUCGGCAUUUCCAAACGAUACGCACGAGAGGAACUGUUCACGGCCUUGUCCCAGGAAGACGCCCUGUCCAGCGGCAACGGCCUUGGUCUGCAUGUUACACGACGCACGGUUCUAUCUCUAGGCGGAGAGAUCAAGGUCAGCUCCCAGAAAGGCGUGGGCACCAAAGUUGUGACGAAAUUGAACCUCCAACGACCCCCGGAGUUUGCGCCCCCUGGUGCCCUAGGCAUGAACGCAGUGGACGCAACUCGAGAAAUCACACAGGGUAAAUCAAUCGCCAUCCUACGACUAGGAUGGAACAAAGCGGACGAGAUUCUCUGCUCGUCAUUGAGUAAGAUAUGUCGAGAAUGGCUUGGUAUGAAUGUACACAUCUACAUAGCCGACGGAAACCUAAACACGGCAAAGCAUCUGCCUCGGUGUGACUACUACAUCGUCACACGAGAGGAUAUGAAUUUGUCAUCUAUCACGCCUGCUCCUGACGAGCGCAUCUCUCCCCCGGUUAUUGUCCUUUGCUCGUCGCCUGCAAACGCAAGUCAUAUGUAUGCCGCUACCCAGGCAGAGGACAAUAUAAACGUGAUCGAGUACAUCAGCCAGCCAUGCGGACUACACAAACUAGCAAAAACACUGAAACUAUGCAGCUCGAACCAACAGAUAAAGCGCGAGUCAGCUGGUCAACAGGCAAGUCUGCCCAUCCGGCCCGCGAUAUCAAGCCCCAGAGCGGUGUUUAUGAGCCAGGAGCAAUCUACGAGACCCCUGAAGCUCCCUGAAGUGAGAAUGACUCAGAUCUCACCACUGUCUCCUACUCCAUUAUCACCAACUCAAACCAGACCGAAUCCAACCGACGCAUCACAAACAAUACUAAUCGUAGACGACAACGAAACCAACGUGCGGAUCCUAGUUGCAUACAUGAAAAAGCUCGCCUACGAAUACGUAGUAGCGCGGAAUGGUCUAGAAGCCCUAGAUGCAUUCAAAGCAAACCAGGCCAGAUUCAAACUGAUCUUGAUGGGCAUCUCCAUGCCGGUCAUGGACGGUCUCGACUCAACAAAGCACAUUCGCGACUUUGAGCAACAGAAACAGCUCGACAAUCCCCCAUUAAGAAGACCCGUGACCAUCGUCGCCCUGGCUGGUCUGGGACAAGCGGAUAUCCAGCGCGACGCUAUCGGGUCUGGAAUGGACUUGUUCUUGACGAAGCCGGCGCCGUUGAAGAAGUUGGCGGAGAUUAUGGAGAAUGCGGACACUUUUACGAGUGCGGGUUUUGGUUUUGAUGGUUUUGAUAUGGCUCAUGAGGAAUGAUUCUGUUUGUUUUUGUUCAUUUGAUAUCCUAAGUAUGAUUAUGACUGUUAUUGGCUCUUUUAAAGUUGGAUGCUCCUGAGUAUUGUAUAUUAACUAGACUGAUAUUAAGAUAUUGAAUACAGAAUGCUCUAGACAGCUG